ACGGCAGCUUAGCAACACACUAGCUAGAUCGCUCUCAGACUGACCGAGCACAAGGCCGGAGAGAGCAAGUAGCGUGCGCCGCCGCCGCCAUGCCGCCGUACCGGCUGCCGCUGUACCACCGGCAGAGCCCGGUGGUCCGGUGCGUCAACUUCCUCUGCGCGGUGCUGCUCACGCUGGUGCUCAUCGCCGGCAUCAUCCUCUUCGUGCUGUGGCUGAGCCUCCGGCCGCACCGGCCCCGGUUCUACCUCGCCGACUUCUCCAUCCCCAACGCCAACCGGCAGUCCGGCCUGGCCAACCUGCCGGUGCGCUUCGCCGUCGACGAGCACAACCCCAACCAGAAGAUCGGCAUGUACUACGAGGAGAUCGUCGCCUCGGUGUACUACGGCGACCAGCUCGUGGCCAAGGGCCCCGUCAUGCAGCCAUUCUACCAGGCGCCCAAGGGCGACACGCCGCUGCUGGGGCAGCUGACGGCGACGGGGCCGGCGCCGACGGACCCGGCGUGGGGGCGGUUCUCCGGCGAGCUCUCGGCGGGGAACGUCGCGAUGCGGCUGCUGCUAACCUCCACGGUGCAGUUCCAGGUGAAGAUGUGGGACACCAAGCACCACCACAUGAAGGUGGAGUGCGACUUCAGGAUGAACGGGGAUGGCACGCUCCAGCAGCAGGACAAGAACUCGCAGUGCGCGCUCUACUUCUAGUUCUAGCCAACGUCCCCGGCCUGGUGGUUCGUUCUCUCGGCGUGAAUUGGUGCGGGUCCUGCCGGUUCUUCACUUCUCUUCAACCAAUCUUGGCUUUCAAGGCCAUGUUUUCCGUGUUUUUAGAGCAUGAGCGCUUGCCUGAUAUUUUCUUGUUGUAAAAUGCAAUUAUUUGUAACACAAGCACAUUCAUAUCAAUUGUUCUAUGUUCUUCCCAAUUUUAAAAAGCGUAUGGAAAGGAUGUAACCAUCAUUCAAGGCAAUCUUACAAAUGUCAUGGCGCGCAGC